AUGAACUGCUUUGUGAGAUUCCUAUUGUUAGUUGCGCUGUGCGCAACAUUGACCCAUGCGCAGGACACCGGAGAGGCAACUAGAGUUGCCACCGACUCCGGCUCCGGCUCCGACUUCGAAUCUGCGACAGUGGCAGCUCGAGGCUUGGCCAGCAGCUAUGAGCCGGAGGAUAAGCAGGCGUUGAAGAAGAAUUCCCACAUCUUCAUGGGCAUCUAUAAGAACUACAAGAGCACCUAUCUGGGCAACAAGACAACAAGUGAGUACAGAAAGCGACUUCGCAACCGAGUGAGUGCCACACAGCUGGCAACCAAUGAGGCAACUGCCACAGAGGCUGUCGAGCAAGAGCAGCAAGAGCAGCUGGAGCAGCAGGCGAUUGAUGAUGCACUGGCUCUGGAAUUGCGCAAUGAGGCAAAUGCCGAGGCUCUGCUGGAGGCACAAACCGAUACGCCCAUCUAUGAUGACAAUGAAACCGGAUCCGGUAAAAAACGACGCAAGCGCAAACGCAAAUAUCGCAACAACAACAACAAUAACAAUAAAUUUGCUGAGGCUGAGCAAUCUUUGGAUGCCGAUGGAGAGGAACGGGAGGAUGUGCAACGCUACCAUGUGGGACCUGGUCUAAAUGUCACUCUGGACAUGACCAACGACAUUGUGCGCGUCAAGUUGGAUGGUGAGAAUCUCAAGGAGAUUAUUGGUGCCCAUUGGUUAAGCACGGACAACAGCGAGGAGGGUCGCGGCAAGAAGUAUGACAUGAUCACCAAAGUGCUGCCCCUCUUCAUACUCCCCUUCCUCAUCCAGUCGGCAAUUGUUCCGUUUCUGGUCACCAAGUUGAAGUUGCUGCUGGUCAAGUCCAUACUCGUUGGCAAGUUGGCCAUAUUCCUCUUGAUCUUAUCGGCCAUCAAGAACAGCAACAAAAUGAUGCAAUCAUACGAAGUGGCACCUUCAUAUUGGGCCGGCGAGCCGAGCAGAAGAUCCGAGCUUGCGGCAGCUGCCUCAUCAGCUGCUGCGGCAUACAACGGCUAUCGGGUGGAGGGGAAGCCCACCACCUGGGUCAACUGAGGAGUGCGGGGUGGAGUCUUCAGACAGCUAGUUCAACAAAAUACAAAUUGUACUAAGUUUUCAUUAUAAGUUACAAAUGUGAAAUGAAUAAAAAACAAAUCGGGU